AUGGACCCUAAAAGCCCACUGGGUCUGGGCCACCCGACACCCAGCUUCACCGAUCUGCGGGAUGAUGCCCGUACGAUCGACGAUGCCUCUAGGUCAAGCGAGGAGACGGGUGACUCUUUCCAUGUCGCUGAGCGCCGCAACGUCCUGAAUGGGAUCGCCCUUCCCACCAGCUCUCAACUUGAACCAACUCAUUCUGCCCACCCCACAGAGCAUCGCGGAUACUCUUGUGAAACUUUUAAUCGUCCUUCGACCUUUGACGCCGUCAACAACAUUUCUAAUGCUAUGUCAACCACCAGCACCGAUUGCACCAAUGGCAGACCUACGAAGAUUAGGCGUCUGUCCGGUACUACCAAAAGUUCGAACAUGAAGGAUGCGAACUUCAUUGAAACUCCAAACAUUACUCGCCCUUCCAACACUAGCCCGCAACUCUGUCAUUCAACCAUUUGCACGUCUUGCAAGAAGCCCAGACACUCAUCCGGUCAUAGACAUCGUUUUCCAGUUGUCCCCUCACCAAUCAACGGUCCCUCCAAACCUGGAGACACUGUUCAAAACCUCCAAGACAGUAAUACGGCUCGUCCCAAGCUUGUGGCCCUGACGCCCAAGCCGACCCCGAACAUCUCCAUGCCAUUUCCCUCUACCCACAGCGUUGCCACUCCCAGCCAGGGAGUCCCUAAUGCGUCCCCUAUUCCGGGCAUAGCCAGCAGCAUGAAAAAUUCGGGUGCAGGCCACGGUAACUCACUUUCAACUGCGGCCCCUAUCGCCAGAGUGGCCAGCAACAUCAACACAUCUGCCACAGUUAACAGCAACCGAUGCUCGUCCGCACCCCCAAUCUCAAGGGGUAGCAUGGCCAGCACCACGGACCAAUCUUUCGUGUUCAACGACAACAGGUCUUCAACCGCGACGCCCAUCCCCCACAUGGCCAGCAACAUGGCCCCAUCUGCCACAGUCAACACAAUUCCACCCUUGCCCCCCAUCAUCCCGAGCAUGGCCACCAACGGGAGUCAACAUGCUACAGUCAAUCCUAUUCUACCUGCACCCCCCAUCCCCAGUUUGAGCAUGGCCAACAACAUCACUCAAGCCGCCACCCCCUGGCCUCGUUGUCGAGGAAGGACCAGGCAAAACGUCCAUCGCCCCUGCAGCCACUCACCCGCUGAGUUGGCCUGGAAGCGAACAGCUACGCAGUGUAUGGACUGCCUGGCCAAUGCGCCCAAGGGCAACAAGAGAAUCAAUGUCGAGGCUCGCGUUGCAGCUGGCCACAAUCCCUGCUCGAAGUGUUUUGUCGAGGAUGCCCGUCCGGAUGGUGGGCUUUGCGAGGAUUGUUUGGCCAUGGGCAGAAACAACCUCGCUUUGAGAAACGCGGGAAUUGGCAAGCGCAAGCAUGCCAAUGCCCAUUAG